GCUAACGUUAGCUACACCUUGAUGAAUUGAGUCAUUGAACACAGCAGGAGAGAACGCAACGUUAGCCAGCUAGCUAAAGCUCUGGUGGAAAAUUAUGAGCUACCGUUUUUGAGGAGGUAGAUUUUGAUGUGAGGGGACUGACAAGGCAGAAGGUAAAGUGGUCCACCGUUCUAUCACUAAGCAGACCUGCCAACCUGUACGCAAUUUGCGUAGCAGAUACGCAUUUUGACUUCAAAGUACGCUGGUACGAUUUGUCACUCUAAACUACGCAAAAACCUGGUGACGCCUCUGUGCACGCACAGUCCUCAAAUCAAGCAACAGUAAAAGAAGAAGAGUUCGACCAAUCAUAGCGCUAGGUUCUUCCCCCAAAUAGCAUGUGGGGAUGAUUGACAGAUGAGUAAAGCCUAUCAUUAAAAAGAGACUGAAAAUCGACACCAAUAAAGAUUCCCGCUCGAUCCCCCUUCAUAAUACUUAGUAAGGAGGCCAUAAUAAUUUUUGACUCAUGGCUGAAGUUAAGUUUCUCCAGCUCUCCCCAGGUUGGCAAAAAAAGCAUCUCAAAAUGCAUCAGAUUGAUGCUUUAAAAUAUGGAAUAUUUAAAUUUUCUUCCGGGGAAGAAAAGCCCCCGGACCCUCCUGGAGGGUUAAUAUCCUUCUCACCUUUUUCACCCCUGACCCGUUUUCAUGCCUGUAAAGUACUCUGGGUUUGACCUAAAUUUGACCUAAAGCCUCCCCUUGGACAGCACGGGAGCAGAAAAGGUCUACAAGCUGGAAUUCAAACUUGGGUCAUGCGAGCUGCCCACUAGGCUAUCGGCGGCAAUCUUAGGAUAUUAUUUUCAACUUGACCGCAAUGUUUUAUUCUCCAUCAUUCAAUACAUUUUGCCUGUACAUAAAUUAACCUUUAUGUUAUGACAUUGCAGAUUAAAAUCAAUGAAUCAAAAUAUUUAUUGCAUUUAUAAAGAAAAGGCUCUAUCGCCUAUUGCUUUAAUAGUGUACAGUAUCUUUGGGCGGAUUGCUGUGGCGGAUUGCCAGCCAUUUUAGGAUUGUUUGUGAUUUGAUCUUAGUGACUUAGGAGUCCUUUUGACUACUACUAACAUUUCACAGAUUUAGGAGUUAAUUUUAGCACUAAAAUGAUUUGUGAAAUACUCUCAGAGCAAAAAAUGUACAAUGACACACCCAUUAUUUUUAAGAGUUUCUCCUAAAUCAGCAAGUUAGGAGCUACUUUUAGCCUUAAGAUGACGGUCCCUGGUGUGUCAUGGAUUGCUGUCUGCCAAUGAAAAUUGGUGUGUGUACACAUGCCUGAGACACUGGUCACACUGAUGGUCUAGUGUUCCCCAUAGCAUCAGCACCAAGAAGCAGCUUUGAAGUUCUACUUUGAAAGGGAACUCAUCACAUGCAGAAUCUCACAGAAAGCGUCCAUAUGAGCACAGAAUUAGAUCUUGUCUCUUACUUCCGCAUUCGAUUUAGAGUACUGAAGACAACUCUGCUAGAGUGAAAUGAUGUGGUCUUUGCUCAUAUAGAGUUCAGCUGUCCUGCAGUGAGCAUCUGUAUAUGAUGGGGAGUUUUCAGCCUUCAAAUUUCCAACUUCUAUAUCUUCUAAUAGCAGCUUUAUUAGAAUGCAAAGUGGCGACACAGAGACCUUGCAACCAGGUCCAUCAGUUGAACAUAAAUUAUGUUCAGGGCGACAAUAUGUCUAUUUCUUGCCUAACCACAACCCACCCGCUGGAGUCUCUGACAGUGAAACUACGCAGAACCAACCCGGUUCAACACAUCCUAAUGUAUUCAGACACCUCUCCAGCAUCAGAGCAUCAGAGAUGGUCUGUGAGAAAUGAUGCUGGAAAUGUUACACUUGAUCUGAAGAACAUCAGUUUUUCCGAUAAAGGCCAUUAUGAAUGUCAAGUCUACAAAAAUCGGGACUGCCUCAAUGCAACACUUUUUAACCUGAGGGUCAGAGAGUGUAAAACCUUGGAUACUGUUCAUGCAACUCCCGGCUCUUUAGUGUUGCUGCCAUGCUCUGAACAUCCUCUACAGCACAAUGCUGGACAAGUCACUUGGAAAAUCAUUACUGGUCACAAACCAACAAAUAUAGAUGAAUACCGCCCUCCAAACAAGCCCUCAAACAGCACAGAGAGAGACAUGAGGCCUCUGUAUGAGAGAGUGAAAAUAAUAGGGAAUGGAUCUCUGCUUAUAAGGGAUGCAGCAAACACUGAUGGAUCAUGGUAUCAGUGCAGAGUGAGUGAAAAAACCUGCUAUGAGGUGAAGCUGGUGAUGAAAGAUGAAGAAAACUUUUAUUCAACUACAAUAUUGGAAACAUUUUCCACAACAUUGUUAGCCACAGUGAUCACAGAUGCUCCAACCUCAGCUGACAUUCCUGUUGUUCAGACUGAAGGCAACAGUGCAGCAGUGACAACUGAUCUGACAGCAGUAGUGAUGAUCACAAUAGUGUCUCUGUGUGUCUUCAUAUCACUGAUCAUCUGUAUGAGUCUUUAUUUCAAAAAAGGAACGAGCAAAAUCAGCAACCAAAUUGAAUUUGACUGGUCUUCUGUAUAUUAUUGUGAAAUGUCAGGGGGGUUUGAUGCUCCAUUCAAUUCUUUAGUUGAACAGAAUACAUGUAUCAUGACCUCCUUUGAUGUGAACAAACAGAAGCUUCUGAAUGAAAACCAGAUGAGAUGUAUGAUGAUUUAAAUGUAUUACUGUGUUUUUAAUGUGCUAUUUUUUGUUAUUUUUUUAAAUAAGAAAGUCCUACUUUAGUCAUUUAGCCGUCUGUCACAAAUUAUAUUAAAGGGGGAAAGUCAGUUAUACAUAAAUGUUUUGUGUAAUACUCUGUGUAAUGUAUUUAAUUUUGAUUUCAUGUAACUGAAAUUUAAAUCCCUUCCCUUAUAAAUGUAUUGAUUAUAACUUACUUUAGUCAGCACAGCAUCUUUCAUUUUCAGUCUCUGAAAAGACUGCGUUGAACAGUGUCUUGUUUAAAAAUGAAUGUGCAGUAAAGUUAAGUGAACAAACAAACAAUGUCUGGAACUUAGUUUAAAAAAAAAGUUCAUCCACGCUUUCUUAAUGUUAAGAUCACAACUUGGCACUGCAAAACAUCUUUUAAAUCUCAGAGGCAUCUCUAUUUUGUUGCUGGAGUAAUCCUGUGUUUGUAUUUAUUGGUGGGGCUAAAGAGGCAACCAUGCAGAAGUAGGCAUUGAUCUUCUGCCAAGACGGUCUUUCAUCACACUAUGAUGUCAUACUGAGAUAAAAUCUGAAACGAGUAGUUUAGCAACUUGGUUUUAAUGAAAAAACGUUUAGUUUAAUGUACUCUUUGUGUUUUAAAAAGAGCAGUUAAAAUCCACCUGAGACAGACACACAGCUAUAAUAUCACUGAUCAAUCCCAUAUUUGUGGAAAAUUCUUGCUUAAUAUCAACUGUCACACUGCUGCAAUUUAUACAAAACUAUUUGUAUGUAUUUUAUCUCUGUUUUCAUGAAUGGCUUAUUACUUUGAAAGUGCUUUUUCUAUAUAUAAUUUUAACAAAUAAAACUAUUUAAGUAUAACUUAAAUUGUCAGUGAAUUUUAUAUAGACCAUUGUCACAGACACACCAGGCUCCACAGUCACCCAAUCACAGUGCACUCCCUCGCCAGAGUACUAAUCACCCACACCUGUCACACAUCAGCAACAUCAUCACAGAUACUAUAAAAGACACAGCAGCACACACAGUCACUGUCCGGUCUUGUUAAUGCAUACCUACCUACUAUGCUUACCUCAAGGACUCCUCCAACGACUACUUAACUGUCUCCAGCGUUCUCGACGUCUCCUAGUGUUCUCCUCGUCUCCUGUGAGUGUCUCUGUGUCUGGUUUGCUCCUCGUCUGCCUGCCAUCCACGAUCCCCGGGAAAACAAGACAAGUAUCACCAUCUGCCAUGAAUUAUA